AUGCCGGGCGGCCCACCGAGCAUUCCGCCGCCACCGGCACCCGGCACCGCCGGCUCCAUUUCGCCCGGUGGCCCAGUGCCACCGGGUUCGGCUCCACCGACCGGUGGGCCCGAGCUGUCGCUGAGCUUCGGCAAGGGUCCGCAACGGGGCACCAGUGCCCCGUCGAGUCCGGCCAAGUCGCGCGAAAGUCUGCUGCAGCGCGUGCAGAGCCUGACCGGAGCAGCGCGGGAUCAGGGAGCCUCGAUCAUUGGUGCGGCCGUAUCGACCGCUAGCCGGGUGCAGCCGUUCAACCGCGACAAGUGCUUCACGCUGCUCGUGGUCGACGAUCAGAACACCGACUGGUCGAAGUACUUCCGCGGCAAGCGGCUGCACAGUGACUACGAUAUCCGCGUCGAGCAGGCCGAGUUCCGGGAGAUCACCCUGACCGCCAGCGCCGACUCGGGCCCGAUGGUGUGCUUCAACCGCGGUGGCGGCUCCAAGCAGGUUAAACCGUUCCGGCCGGACUUCAUUCUGGUGCGCCAGCCACCACGGGAUGGGUCGAAGGACUACCGCUCGACGCUGCUCGGGCUCAAGUAUGGUGGGGUGCCGAGCAUCAACUCGCUUCACUCGCUCUACCAGUUCCAGGAUAAACCGUGGGUGUUUGCGCAUCUGCUGCAGCUUCAGCGACGCCUCGGGCGGGAUGUAUUCCCACUGGUGGAGCAAACGUUCUUCCCUAACCCGAAGGACAUGUUCACCUGGCAGCGGUUCCCGUGUGUGCUGAAGGCUGGCCACUGCCACGGCGGCAAGGCUACGGCCAAACUGGACAACCCGGGCGCCCUGCAGGAUGCCGCCGGGCUCCUGUGCGGUGCGGGCCUCUCCGACAACGGAUCGUACUGCAGCCUCGAGCCGUACAUCGACGCCAAGUUCGACGUGCACAUCCAGAAGAUCGGCGCCAGCUACAAGGCGUUCAUGAGAAAAUCCAUUUCCGGCAACUGGAAAACGAACCAAGGGUCGGCCAUGCUCGAGCAGAUCCCGAUGACGGAGAAGUACAAAACCUGGGUCGACGAGGUCUGUGAGCUGUUCGGUGGCAUGGAGGUGUGCGGCGUGGCGGUGAUCGUCUCGAAGGAGGGCAAGGAGUUCAUCAUCAGUGCCGCCGACUCGACCUUCCCGCUGAUGGGUGACAGCCAGGAAGAGGAUCGUCGCCAGAUUGCCGACCUGGUCGUGGGUCGCAUGCAGAACGUUUGCCGCCCUUCGAUGCUGACGAAGGCCGUAUCACGCAGCUCGAUAUCUUCGCGUGGCACGAGCCCCACCGAGGAUGCACCGCCGGUACCGAUCGGGACUCGGCCGGUGCCCGUCGGCGGAGGUCCUCCUCCGAUCCCGGAACGCACCACCCCGGGGGUCGGUUCGAUCGGGCGGCAUGGAAGUUUCAGCAGCCAAUCCGGGGGGGACUUCCCCGAGCAGCCGUCCGAGAGGGCCCCCACUCUGACCAGCGUUGGACGCCGUGACUCGCAAGCAUCCCAGUCCAGCUCGGUGUCGGGCGUUUCGUCGGCAUCGGCUGCCCGGUCGGCGGCGGGCAAGGGGCCGGGUGCCGGGGGCCCACCAGGAGCCACCGGCGGCGGUCCGUCGGUGGUCGAGGACGCCGAGGACACGAUGAAGAAUCUGCGCAAAACGUUCGCCGGUAUCUUCGGUGACAUGUAG